AUGCCUGAAACAUACAAGAUUUUCCGUAAUGGUGUCAAACCGGCGAACAGGCUAACGAUGGCGACGAAUAUUGCCAACUUUAUCAAGGACAAUGACCUUGAUGGUGUCGAUAUCGACUGGGAAUAUCCAGGGGCGCCUGACCUCCCUGAAAAUGACCCUGGGACGGAGGAAGACGGUCCCAACUACCUGGCAUUUCUUGUCGUUCUCAAAAAUCUCUUGCCGGGAAAGUCUGUCUCCAUUGCCGCACCGGCAUCCUACUGGUACCUGAAGCAGUUCCCCAUAAAGGAGAUGGCUAGGAUCGUCGACUACAUUGUCUAUAUGACCUAUGACCUUCACGGCCAGUGGGAUGCGCAUAACAGCAACUCACAGGAAGGCUGUGAUACGGGUAAUUGUCUGCGCAGCCAGGUGAAUUUGACAGAAACUAAACAGUCUUUGGCAAUGAUUACCAAGGCAGGUGUCCCUGGCGCAAAGGUUAUUGUUGGUGUGACAAGCUACGGUCGUUCUUUUAAGAUGGCAGACCCAAAUUGCUGGGGGCCGGACUGCCUUUACACUGGCGACCGCUUGAAUUCUGACGCGAAGAAGGGCGAAUGUACUAAUACAGCAGGUUACCUUGCUGGCGCGGAAAUUGAUAAUAUCAUAAAAGAUUCCUCUCGGGUCGUCAAAAGCUAUGUCGACACGACCAGCAAUAGCGACAUUCUCAUUUACGAUAAGGAUGAAUGGGUCGGUUACAUGAGCACCGCCACAAAAAGGGCCCGCACCACCCUGUAUAGCGCUUGGGGCUUGGGUGGAACCUCUGACUGGGCCAGCGACCUGCAAACCUAUCAUGAUGUUCCCAAGCCGGCGACAAGCUGGGCCAACUUCAUCCAGCUUGCCAAAGCAGGGGAGGACCCUAAGACUGACCAAACGCGUACCGGAAACUGGACCUCGUAUAACUGCAGUAACGAUAAUGUUGCAAAUCUAUUCGACUUCACACCCUCAGAGCGGUGGAAGAACAUGGACACAGAUACAGCGUGGCGUGACAUUAUCCGAAUCUGGAAGGACACCGAUCGCCCGCGCCAUAUGACUUUCAUGGAAUCUGUUGAGAGUACCACCUAUUUCAAGGCUCAGGCCUGCGAUAAUAUAAAGUCCUCGAGCUGCAAUUCCAUUGGUUGCGAAGACGCUGCAAAUGGAGACCACUCUGGCCCCGCAGCCUUUCUCAUCCUGUACUCAAUGGCCCAAAUUCACGAGAUGUACAAGGAAUACUAUACUGGCUUAUUCCACUCUCUUACCCUUGUCGGUACAGCACUGGAUGAUAUGGAAAACAAAUUUGCGCCUAUCCCACCAGAAGAAGAUACCACCUGGCUCAAUAUCCUUAUUGACAUGAUCACUCUUGGUGCCCUGGGCACUGCAGGGCCGCUGUUCAACACAAUGCUUAAGGACAACGCUUGGUUUUCUGGCAGCGCCCUGGACAAUACAAAGGACACAACCAUGACCCUCCUUGGACAAGGUACAACUACCGCCAAGGAUGUACUACCUCCGGCUAGUAAGCCCAAAUGGUCGCCGGAGGGACAAGAUGAAUUUUCUGCCUACCUAGGGCAAGUGGUGUGGGGCUGGUCUAAUGUCACAUCGCUAGCGUUGGAUGACCUCUUCGGUGGAAACGACACGAGCAUCGAUACCCUCUGGGAACUCAUAUCAGAUGGCAAGCUCAUCGAGGGUAAGAGGGAUACUGACCCCCCUGAUACUGGAAAUACCCAAAAUGAGCUGCUUGCCAAUAUUAAUAAAUGCGUCGUCGGCUUUGCAUUGCCCGCAUUGUGGCGCCAAGCUGGAUCUUAUACUUUUAUCAUUGAUUCAGGCCAGUCUUGCGACGAUGACCCGGACAUCAGCGAGUACUUGGACGACGACACCAUUGAUGCCACGGCUGUCUGCGUUGACAAUCGGCAAUACUACCUCGCAUAUCCGGAUGGCGAUGCGACUGACUGUACUUGCAAAAUCAUCAACGAUUCCGGCCCCUGUCAAACGGUCUGCAAAGACAACAAAUUCUCUGCUCCCAAUGGAAUCGAAUACAUCUCCGGCGACAAUAGCUACUACGGCAUCACGACCAACGAGCUAGUCAAGGGCUCUGUCCGGACCUGGAUAGCUAACGGGAGGGAGAACGGCGCUAACAUAGCAGAUCCAACGAACCACGGCACCAUGUCCGAUCUGAUAGACGUGGAUGUUACAACUCCCGGCUUCAUGCGGAUUCCUGUUUGUAGCCCCGCCCGCGCCUUUCAAUCCUGGGACACGGCCGACAAGGACUCAAGCCCGAACUGGCCCUGCGACAUCCCGCCUGGUAAAGAUGAGUGCGGUGAGUCAACCUUUGUGGACCAAACUAGCGAUGCAUCACCAAAGGUAGAAGACUGCCGCCAGAUCAUCAAGAACAUUGAGGGCGAUGCAUCCACUAGCUGGACGACCCAGGUUGUCGGCCAUAACCAGCGCGAGAUUGCCAGUCACGCAUCCUGUCAUUUCGGCAUUGAGGCUACUAAAACCAACGGGAAUGUCAAUUUCAAGGUUGGCGGGCAGGAUGUCAUUGAUAUUAUCAACGAUGCUAUCGACAAAUUUGCUAGGGAUGGGCUGAUCGGCGCAAAGGGAAACAUGGAUUGCAAUGGUAAUGUCAAGAGUGAGCCGGUGCUGUGGGGGAUAUACUAG